GCUAGUCGAAACGCAACUUCAUCUGCCGUUCAGGCGACGGACAGAGCGCGCCGGUGAAUAAGGAUUACGGGUUUGGGAGACCUCUUAUGAGAUUCAAGAGGAGUGUAAGUGAAGAGGCGUCAUCUGAAAGAACCAAGAGCCAACCCGUCAUACUGUCUCACAGACGACGUGUUGCGUGUGACGACACCUGACGAAACAUGACAGACCUUGCUGGCCCAGAGAAACUCAGCACAAAGGAGAUGCUUGACGUGAACCGCUUGGCUCGAGAGGCAGACGUGAACGGUGAAGCAAACUUACCAGAGGAGACCAAAUCUGCAGCGUCGAAAAAGACCGGCAGGGUGAGAAAGGGUGAGAGGGCCCAGAAGGACACAGAGGCCAGCAUUACUGAGGUGGAAACAAUGAACGACGUGGGAAACUUAUCUGAUGAAAAGGCAGAAAAGAAUGUGGCCAACAUGACAGACAUUGCACUAAAACAAGAGAAACUUCUGAAUACCCGUAAACAUGUGCAGAAGACCUAUGUCCCUAAAUUGGCCAAAGGGGACGUGAAGAGCAAGUUUGAGGCCAUGCAGAAGGUCCGAGAGGACAGGAACCGCCAGAGAAGCCAGGAGGAGCAGAAGAAACGCAAGGAGCAGUACAUCAAAGAGAGAGAGCGGAUUCGCAAAAAGCAAAUAAUGAAAGAGCUGCUCACCUCCAGUGAUGAAGAGGAGGAAGUGAAACCAGCCAAGCCUGAGAAGUCAUACGUGCCCAAAAUCACAGGCAGCGUGAAGGGGAAGUUCGCUGAGAUGGAGAAGCAUAGACAAGAGGAUGAAAGAAAGAGGACAGAAGAGGAGAGGAAGAAGCGACUGGUGCAGGAGACCCUGGAGAAAGCCAAGAUCCAGAAAGAGCUUGCCAAGAGAGCAGAACAGGAAGGAGACAACAGCCUCCUGGUCCAAGUGGUGCCGGCAAAAGCACAGAAGCAGCCCGGAAAGAUCCGGAUGAACUUUGAGGACCUGGAGAGGAGCCGAGCAGAGGAUCUGAAGAAGAGGAGUGAGGAGGAGAAGAAGAAGAGAUACGAUGAGAAUCGGCAAUCAUUCCGAGAAGCCAAGCGCCGAUCCGUAGCCACGAACCAGGAUGAUGAGGAUCAGCGAAAGGAGCAGGAGAGGGCGACCCCGGGCAAGUUACGGCUGACCUUUGAGGAGCAGGAGAAGGAGAGACAGGAACAGCAGAAGAAGCACACGGAGGAGGAAGCUCGCAGGAGGCUGCAGGAGGAAAGGAGGGCCUUUGAUGAGGCCAAGCUUGAGAUGUCUCAGGAUGACGAGGACAUGAACGAACAGGACGCGAAGGAGGAGGUCCGUCCAGGGAAACUGAGGCUCAGCUUUGAGGAUCUGGAGCGGCAGAGGGUGGAGGAAGAACACAAACGAGUGGAAGAGGAGAGGAAGAGACGCAUCCUGGAGGAGAGGAAGGCCUUUGCUGAGGCCAGGAAGAGCAUGGUCUUAGAUGAGGACCAGGAUGUCCUGCUAGCCGCGAUGAGCACGGACACCGGGGCCGAGCCUGGGAAGCUGGUCGUUAGCUUCGAGGAGCUGGAGAGGCACCGGCGUGAGGAAGAGCAGAGGAGGAAAGAGGAGGAGGCCAGGCAUCGCCUGGAGGAGGAGAAGAGGUUGUUCGCCGAGGCGCGCAAGAACAUGCAAACAUCAACACCUCUCAUGAAAGUGUGCUCAGAUGGUAUACCUGCAAUGCUUCUCUGUUCUGCUGUGUUUCCGAAGAGCCUGUCCCCGGAUCAGGAAAACAUGACUGCGUUUCGAGAAGAAGCCCUGGAUGAGGACGAUGGCAGCCUGGUGAGAACCGAGUCACAUGAAGCAGUGCAUCCUGGGAAACUGGAGAUCAACUUUGAGGAGUUGCUGAAGAUGAAGGAAGAGAAAGAAAGGAAGAGGAAACAGGAAGCACGGCGUAAGAAAAUGGAGAUGGAGAAGAAAGAGUAUGAACAGCUGCGGCAAGAAAUGGGAGAGGAGGAGAUCAACGAGAGCUCAGAGGUGGUGAGCACGGAGUAUGAGGAGCUCACGAAGCUGAAGAGAACUGGUACCAUCCAGGCCAAAAACCUGAAGGUCAAGUUUGAGAAGAUCAAGCAGCUGACUGAUGAGGAGAUCCAGAAGAAGAUCGAAGAGGAGAGAGCGAGGAGGAAGGCCGUUGACGAGGAGAUCAAAGUGCGCGAAGCUGAGCGCUGCAUGGAGGACGAGGACGAGGACAGGCAGGAUCGCAUUAAGGUGGAGGAUGCGCCGUUCAGGCAGAAGGUGGACAUGCGCGCGCGGUUCCAGCAGAUGGCCAGGGCUCGGGAGGAAGAGGAGAAGAGGCGGAUCGAGGAGCAGAAGCUGCAGAGGAUGCAGUUUGAACAGCAAGAGAUCGACGCCGCGCUCCAAAAAAAAAGGGAGGAUGAGGAAGAGGAAGAGGGGAGCAUCGUCAACGGCUCGGCGGCCUACGAAGACGAGGAGGAGCACAACCGUUCGGGCGCGCCGUGGUUUAAGAAGCCCCUUAGGAACCAGUCAGUGGUAGACGCCGAGCCAGUGCGCUUCACGGUGAAGAUCACGGGCGAGCCCAAACCAGAGGUGACCUGGUGGUUCGAGGGGGAGCUGCUGCAGGACUGUGAGGACUACCAGUACAUCGAGCGAGGCGAGACCUUCUGCCUCUACCUGCCCGAGACCUUCCCCGAGGACGAGGGCGAGUACAUGUGCAAGGCCGUGAACAGCCGGGGCACUGCCGCCAGCACCUGCAUCCUCACAAUUGAAACUGAGGAUUACUGAUGUGCCCUGUCUUCUCCAGAACUUUCUCCACCUUUUUCUCUCUGAUUUGUAAGGAUUUCAUAUCUCAUGGUCGGGCCAAAACCCCCCCCCCCAAAAAAAAAACAAGUAGGAUGUGAGCUGUAUUUUUUUUUGCCAUUCCUCCCAAGGCAAUGCUCGCUGAUCAAGUGCCAAGUGUUGUUUACACUUGUUUACGGAAGCUGUACUUACUCUGUAUUGAUUUUAUGUGUUUUGGAUGAAUUUGUGCCAAAACCAAUGUGCUGUUCUACCAUAAGUUAGACGACACAUUAUCAAAAAUGAGUUAUUUCAACAAUAACAAAAAUAGAUUUUUAAAGUCUUUCUAUUGCAUCAGAGUCAACCGAACAUCUAAUAGAGUGACAAAGAAAGCCAGGAAGCAUUUGUCAUUUAAACAAAUAUUUUACACACAUCACAUUUACUUACCGUGGUCAGCAACAAUUAAUAAAAAUGCCUGCAACAUUACACAGCCUAUUGGCCCACUGCUAGAGAAAGAUAAAAUGGACCAGUCUCAAAUUUGGAUCCAACACAGACUGAGACAGUAUCAUUUGAUCUGCCUCCAGCUGUGGUGUGAAUGUUCUACUGAGUGCCAUGAUGAACCCCAGGUUCUAGGUUCUCCCCUCCAGGUUCUAGAGAUUCUUCUUUGAUUAUCCUCUUGAUGUCGUUCAGGUACCAUAACGGAUAGUGGAUAAUAGUGGAUUAUUUCAUCAAUAUUUUGUUCUAUUUUUAUUUCAAAAAGGAGUAAUAUCAUUUACAUUUUCAGAACAACUCUAAUUCAGAUUUAUUUCACUGUGUAAUUUAAUUUUCUGAAUUAUUGUUCACAUUUUCAUAUCCCCAUGUGUUUUUAUGUUAAAGCAAAAAGUACUGGGAGUACUUCGUAAACACUCUGCUAAAGUUUGCAUAAAGUGAUUUUAGUAUAGAAAAACUUUGUGAUUUGUAAACUUAUAAUAAAAUAAAUAAAACACUUAAA